AUGUCCCGUCGCAACCUCUCCUCCUACCUCGUCACCCCGAAAGAGCUGCACGAGGCACUCAAGAAAAACCCGCCCUCCUCCAUCAGCACCGACCCGCGUAUCAUACCACUGUGCGCCGCAUGGUUCCUCCCCAACGACCCCGAGAAACGCACCGGCAUCCAGGUCUACCGUGAGAAGCGCAUUCCCAAGGCCCGCUUCUUCGACCUCGACAAGGUCAUCGACAAGCGCAGCCCCUACCCGCACAUGCUGCCCGGCCCCAAGGACUUCGCCGCCGCCAUGAGCGAGCUGGGUAUCCGCCGCGAGGAUACCGUGGUUGUCUACGACACAAAGGAGCUCGGCAUCUUCAGCGCUCCCAGAGUGGGCUGGACUCUCCAGGUGUUUGGUCACCCCAAGGUGCACGUCCUGAACAACUUCCGCCUAUGGGUCGAGGAGGGUCUACCCACGGAGAGCGGCGAGCUAUACAAUGUCGAGUGCAAUACCUAUCCCAUCCCGGAACUGGACGCGAGUAAAGUCGCUUCCUUCGAGGAUGUCAAAGAAGUUGCAAUGGACUUCAACAAGGAGGGCGCGGAGGGCGUUCAGAUCCUAGAUGCGAGGUCGAAUGGCCGCUGGACCGGCAAAGCUCCCGAGCCCAGGCCGGGCCUCUCCUCCGGUCACAUGCCUGGCUCCAUCAACAUUCCCUUCGACGCCGUUCUCGACCCGACAACUAAGGCAUUCUUGCCCGCCGACCAGCUGAAGAAGAUUUUCCAGGACAAGGGGGUUGACCCGCAGAAACCCAUCAUCUCAAGCUGCGGAACUGGCGUGACGGCGGUAGUACUGGAGACGGCAUUGACGGAGGCGGGUUACGGCUCGGCUGACUUGAGGAGGGUUUAUGAUGGCAGCUGGACCGAAUGGGCACAGCGUGUUCGCCCAUCGGAUUCUUUGAUCCGCUCAGUCGAGGCGUGA